AUGAUAUCACAAAAUAAGAUUCAACAUACUAAUUCACCCUGGAUAUUUAAUUCUCUCAAUAGGUUACAAUAUGAAGAACUUUUCGAAAUCAAUCUCCAGAUGCAGGAUGUUCUUGAUAGAGAAUUAUAUAGUUUUUUAUCUGAAAUUUUUAAUUUAUUGUCUGAAGAAAAAUCAUCUGUUAUUAAUACUAUUGACUCUUUAAUAGCAUCUGCAGAAACCAAUAUUACCAGUAUGAAACAGUGUCUUAAUUGCCAUCAAAAAAAUAUCGAGAAUCGAAAACAGACAUGUCCAAAAUGCAAAAUAUGGUUGCUUACAUUAGCAGAAAUUCAAAAAGAAAAAUUAAUUAAUAUUGAGGAUGAAACUGUUGAUCGCUCAAUGAUGCCACUUAUAUUUAAACCUUGUAACUUUAAUCAGGAAUCAAGUGUUAUGCCCUCUUCUCGAAUUAGUCUCACUCAACGACCAGCUGAUCAUAGAGUUAAUAUCCCGGAGAUCUAUAUUCCCGAUCUAAUUAAUUUAAACCCCAACUCAAUUGCAAAUGUCAAAAAGGUUCUACUUCACAUAGAAAAAAUAUCGGGUAUUAAAGAUGGAACGAGAAAAUGGAUAGCUGUAACCUGUGAUGGAGUCCCAUAUCACCAUACUACCAAAAUAAAUAAAAAAUUCCCUUGGUUAAUUCUUAUCCCGGAACAAUUACAUGAGAAGAUGAAUAUGCUUAAAGCAUAUGUAAAGCUGAAUUGGGAAAUCGAUUUAAAGCAAUUUGCGAUUUGCCAAGGUUAUCAGACGGAUAAUCAACUUUCUUUUUUUAAAAAAUGUGUUGAUCACCAUAAGUCUUGGGAUUCAAUUUGCAAUAUAUACCAUCAAGCAAUAGCCAUGGAACUUAUGUGGCCAUAUAUAAAAACUCAUUCUGAUCCUUCAAUUGAAGGAUAUAUUGCCUGGGCUAAAGAGCAGCAAGAUCUACUUUAUCAAAUAAAAUAUGAACAAACGUUUGUUUAUCUUCAAGCAAUUAUUAACUAUCAGAAGGCCAUAAGAACCAAUGAUCCUCUCCUAAAAAAAGCUGCUAAAAGAAUAUUUUCUCCAAUUUGGUUCGCAAGGCGUCAUCCUAUUUAUCGCCUAAUAGAAAUUGCCGAUGAAAUUCAAUUGAUACAGCUAUAUCCAGAAAUACGUGAGACUUUAAUACCUCCUGUUCUACAGUAUCACCAUUGGAAGAUUGCAGCUCGUAAUUCAAAUACAAGAACUUCAUGUCAAAGCCUAGGAAAUGAUGAAUUGAGCGAUCAAUUAAAAAAUUUUACUUAUUUGACAAAACAAGUCCGAAAAAAUUAUAUUGUUGAAAUAUUUAUUAACCAAAACUCAUCUUCUUUCUUUAGGAAAAUUCCGAUUACAAAGCAAGAAGCGGAUAUGCAAGACAUUAAAGAAAACAUGACCAAGGUAGAAAUCUCAUUAAAAAUAGAAACCCUCCUUGAACAACUAUCUGAAACUGCUCGGAAAAAAUAUUCUGGAUUUAGAUUAAAAAAGCGAGAUGAAUUAUUAAGUAUUUUACAGGAAAUAAAGUAUUUAUUUAACUCAAAUAACGAAUUUGAUAAUCAAGAUUCAUUAGAAAAUUCAUAA